AUGAGCUCUCCUUGCACUGGUGAAACCUCAGAAGCUUGCUUCCAUGGCUGUUGCAGGGCACCAAGUUUCGUUCAAUCUCCUAAAUCACCAGCCAGUUCAAGCUCGACCAUGACUACUGCCUCAACAUCUCAGUACCAUUUCACCAUGGCAGCACUUUCUUCUCUACCCAACAUUACUCCAUAUUUCACAAACCACGAGUCUCUUCCUGGUUUAAAGGAAUCGUUUUCUUACUUCAUUAAAGCUUUUCCUCACUACUCUCAAACUCACCGAACUGAUCAACUUCGAUCCCAUGAAUAUAACCAUCUACAGACCCAUGCCUGUCUUGAUUACAUUGGAAUUGGCCUUUUCUCAUAUUCACAACAACAACGACGUCGUUUUGAUCCUACUAUGGCUUCCUCUUCGAGUCAUACUCCUAUGUUAUCGGACUUUUAUGAAUCCCACUUCUUUGAUAUCUGUUACAAACCAUUGAGCUUGAAAUCACAGAUGGUAAUUAGCAGAGCCGUGUUGAGCCAAGAACAAGAGCUAGAAGUCAAAUUAAGAAAGAGAAUCAUGGCUUUUAUGAACGUUUCAGAAGAUGAUUACUUCAUGGUAUUCACAUCCAAUCAGUCCUCUGCUUUCAAACUCCUUGCAGAUUCAUACCCUUUUCAGACCAAUCGAAAUCUUCUCAGUGUGUACGAUUACAAAAGCGAGGCAGUAGAAUCCAUGGUUGAAAGCUCAAAGAGAAAAGGUGCCCGAGUCAACUCGGCCGAAUUCUCCUGGCCCCAUAUGAAACUCCAAACCAAACAACUAAGGAAGAUGUUAUUAAUGAGAGGUAAUAAAAACAACAAGGGGUUGUUCGUUUUCCCACUUCAAUCGAGAAUGACUGGCUCUCGAUACUCAUAUCAAUGGAUGAGUAUUGCUAGAGAGAAUAGUUGGCAUGUUUUGCUCGACGCUUGUGCUUUAGGACCCAAAGACAUGGAAACCUUAGGGCUCUCUCUGUUCCAACCAGAUUUUCUAAUAUGCUCAUUCUUCAAAGUAUUUGGGGAAAACCCAUCUGGGUUCGGGUGUUUGUUUGUCAAGAAAACAACUUGUUCGAUGCUAGAAGACUCGACACGGGGCUCAACUGUCGGCAUAGUGAGCCUUGUAGAAAACCCAUUAAGAAAAGAUGCUUCUUUAAAAUCGAAAUUGUCGGAAAUUGAUGAUGAUAAUGAUGAUGGUGAGUGUAGGGGUUUGGAUCAUGCAGAUUCAUUGGGACUAGUUUUGAUAAGCACCAGAGCAAGAAUCUUAAUCAAUUGGCUAGUGAAUGCAUUGAGUAGAUUGAAACAUCCCAAUUCAGAAGAUGGGCAUUCCUUGAUCAGAAUCUAUGGCCCCAAAAUCGGAUACAACAGAGGACCCAGCCUGGCAUUCAAUGUGUUUGACUGGAAAGGAGAGAAGGUUGACCCGACCCUGGUUCAGAAGCUUGCUGACCGUAACAACAUUUCUUUGAGCUGCGGAGUUCUUCAGAAUUUUUGGUUUGAUGAUAAGGUUGAUGAAGAGAGGGAAAUGGGGCUAGAGAAGAUGAGUUUUGUUGUGAACAAGUGUAGAGAUAAUAAACGCGAGCGAUGUGGGAUUGUUUCUGUAGUUAUGGCUAGUAUUGGGCUGAUCACCAAUUUUGAUGAUAUUUUCAGGCUUUGGGGUUUUGUUUCCAGGUUUUUGGACGCCGAUUAUGUGGAGAAGGAGAGGUGGAGAUACUUGGCUCUUAAUCAAACUACAAUCGAAGUUUGAAAUGUUGAUUUGAGUUAAGUUAAUUAAUUCUUUUAUUCUUUUUUUCAGUUAUUAUUAGAUUAGUAUCAUCAUUGGUUUAAGGAUUAUUUUCUCUCACUUUCAUGAAAAAAAAAUAUAUUUUGCUUCAUUA